CUCAUUGUUUGCUGAAGUGCUGAAGGGGAAGGCGGAUGAGAUUCCUUAGCACCUGGGUACUAUUUGCUCCUCCCGUGACUCACUGCCCAGUGGAUUAGGCUCCCGGAUAAAGGUUUGCCAGUGCUUUCCAGCCCAGUGGCAGGUGUCAGGUGUCAGGUGUCCAAGGGCUCCUCACGCUCUGCCUGCCUGUCUCCUGUCUCCCCUGCGGAGCCCACAGAUAUGUCAGCCCUGGCGGCCAGAAUAGCCAAGCAGCGGGCAGCCGCUGGGGGUCUUGGCUCCCACCAGAAAGCCGUGAAAUACCUGGGCCAGGACUUCGAGACACUGAGGCAGCAAUGCUUGGAUGCGGGGGUCCUAUUUAAAGACCCAGAGUUCCCGGCAUGCCCGUCAGCCUUGGGCCACAAGGACCUUGGACCACAGUCCCCGCAGACUCAAGGCAUCGUCUGGAAGCGGCCCCCGGAAUUGUGUGCCAAUCCCCAGUUUAUCAUUGGUGGAGCCACGCGCACGGACAUCUGCCAGGGUAGUCUAGCUGAGCUCUCCCACAGCGGAGCAUCCCUGGAGAAGAGCGACCCCCUGCCAGCCUCCUGCAUUCCCUCGCAUCAGAUGCACCCACACUUAGGGAACCAUUUAUUCCGCCCUUUUGGUGAUUGCUGGCUGCUGGCGGCCCUUGCCUCCCUGACCUUGAAUCAGGAGCUGCUUCACCGAGUAGUGCCCAGGGGCCAGGACUUCCAGCAGAACUACGCGGGGAUCUUUCAUUUCCAGUUCUGGCAGUACGGCGAGUGGGUGGAGGUGGUGGUGGACGACAGGCUGCCCAGCAAGGAUGGGGAGCUGCUCUUCCUGCACUCGGAGACAGGCAAUGAGUUCUGGGGAGCUCUGCUGGAGAAGGCCUACGCCAAGCUCAAUGGUUCCUAUGAGGCUCUCACUGGAGGGUCUAUGGUCGAGGGGUUUGAGGACCUCACGGGAGGCAUCUCUGAGUAUUACAACCUGAAGAAGCCUCCGGCCCGCCUGUUCCAGAUCAUCCAGAAGGCCCUCCGCGCGGGCUCUCUGCUGGCCUGCUCCAUCGAUGUCUCCAGUGCAGCUGAAGCAGGAGCAGAGGUCACCACCCACCACAAGCUGGUGAAAAGCCAUGCAUACUCUGUCACUGGAGUCAUAGAGGUGGAUUUCCGGGGCCGUCCCGAGAAGCUGAUCAGACUCCGGAAUCCAUGGGGCGAAGUGGAGUGGACCGGGGCCUGGAGUGACGAUGCACCAGAGUGGAACGACAUAGACCCCAGGCAGAAGGAGGAGCUGGACCGGAGAGCCGAGGACGGGGAGUUCUGGAUGUCAUUUUUGGAUUUCCUGGGCCAGUUCUCUCGGCUGGAGAUCUGCAACUUGUCCCCAGACUCCCUGAGCAGUGAGGAGCUGCACAAAUGGAACCUGGUUCUGUUCAACGGCCGCUGGACACGGGGCUCCAGUGCUGGGGGCUGUGCGAACUUUCCAGCCACUUACUGGACCAAUCCCCAGUUCAAAAUCCAUCUGGACGAGGUGGACGACAGCCAGGAGGGAUGUGUUAGCAAACCCCACUGCACGGUUCUGCUGGGUCUGAUGCAGAAGAAUUGCAGGCGAUGGAAGAGUACAGGACAGGGCAUGCUCAGCAUUGGCUAUGCUGUCUACAAGCUGGAGAGCCCCACGGACACACCCUUGGGCAAGAAUUUCUUCUUGGGCCGCCAGCCCUUUGCACGCUCCAGCGCCCAUGCCAACCUGCGGGAGGUGUCCAGCCGGCUGCUGCUGCCCCCAGGGGAGUACCUGCUGGUGCCAUCUACCUUCAAGCCCUUCCAGGACGGGGACUUCUGCUUGAGGGUGUUCUCACAGAAGAAGGCCAAGGCCCUGGAGUUGGGGGAUGGGGUAGCUGGAAACCCACAUGAGCCACACCCCAGCGAGGUGGACCAGGAGGACAGCCGGUUUGGGAGCCUGCUAGGGACACUUGCAAGGAAGGAUUCUGAGAUCGGUGCCAAUGAACUCAGGACGAUUCUGAAUGAAGUGUUUUCCAAAGAAACAGACAUAAAAUUCUGUGGCUUCGACAUCGACACUUGCAGGGGGAUGGUCAGCUUGAUGGACAGCAGCGGCACGGGCCUCCUAGGGCUGGCGGAACUCAGGACACUGUGGCUGAAGCUUCGCAAGUACCUGGAGAUCUACCGGGAGACCAAUGACAACCACUCGGGGAGCAUUGACACCCAUGAGAUGAGGACGGCCCUUAGGAACGCAGGUUUCAUGCUCAGCACCCAGGUGCAGCAGACCGUCGCCCUGCGGUAUGCGGACAGCAGACUCAGCAUCGACUUCGAUGACUUCGUGGCCUGCGUGACCCGCCUGGAGUCCCUCUUCAGUUGGACAGCUCAUGGAAACACGUGGCUUUCAUACCACGUUGGAACAUCUGGGUCACCAAAUGUCUGUGAGGCUCGCUGAACAUAACUGAGCACCUACUAUGUGCAGGGAAGCAGAUGGAGGUGAUCCUGGCCCUUGGAUGAGUCUCUACAGCCUCAGGACAGAGACUGUGGUAGAGACAGGGGGCUCUGACACGAAGCGGCAGGCACAGGUGGACACAGGAGAGGGAGCUGCGAGGGCACAAGUGAAGGGUACAGGCUUACAGUGGCCACAGUCCGGCAGAGACAGGAAUCACAGCAGUUGUCUGAAAAGAAAUAAUGAAAUGUAACAAAUCAUUAACCUGUAUUAGGUUAUAACCAGUAAUAACAUGCAUCACAAGAGCACUGAGAUGCGCCAGGAGGCAGCCGCGGCUUCGUGUAGGGCCAAGUGGGCAACAGGACCACAUGGGAGCCAUCAAAGCCUGGAGACUUGGUGUCGUGACCUGGGGGUGGGAGCCGUGGGAGGGGAGCCCCUGCCGCGGUGAGGCCCCACAAGUGCGAUCCCCUGCGGCCAGCGCUCUUGUAGGCAGAACCCGAUGUGGAUGCUGGUGGCCACUGGCACGGCAGACACGGACCCCAGGGGCUCAUCCUGUAGACCAGAGAGUUGCUUGAUCAUCACCGAGGUUUGAGUGGCCACAGAUAUCAGGCACCCCUAGCUCUGGGGCGCAGUGGUGGAUAGAACCGCAGAAUGGCUGUUUGUGUGCCAGUGGCUUGAGGGGAGCAGGCAAUAAGCAGAGGCAAGCAAGGGAGACCGUAUCUUCAGGGCCCAGGUGCAGAGAAAUAAAGCAAGGAAACAGGAGGCCGUGUGCCGGUGCAAGCAGCCAGCGCCAGGGUUCGGCCUCAGAUGAGAAGGUCCGUACCCCCAGGUGCGGACAGAUGUAGGCCUGUUCCCUUGUCUGCAGGGGAGGGGGGGCGAGGGGCGCUCUGUGGUGCUCUGAACCCAGCAUUCUGUGUCUGGGCAAUUAUAGGGUCUGGAAGAAGCAGCUCCUGGAUUGAUGGAAGUGGCAACCUGGGCCUGGUCCGCCCGUAGGUCUUGGAGGACAGUGGGAGCACGCAUGACAGGGUCCCUACGGGCGGGCAAUUUCCAUGAACUCACCCCUGUUUGGCCUUCCCUCGCCAGCUAACAAUAAUAGCUAACGGUGGCUGAGUUUUUCUAAAUUCCAGAAUUUCUGUGAAACGGGUCAUGCAUCACUUCAUUCCAUCCCCGAGGCUCCGGCUCUGCUGCUCACAGGCCGUGUGGCCUAGGGCCACCUGGUUAUUGCUUCACUUUCUCUCCCUAAAUUUUCUUACUUGAAAAUGGGAAUAAUUAUCGUACUUACCCCAUGGGGUUGUCUUUGGCAUGAAAUGAAUUGGUGCACGUGUUCAGAACAGCACGUGGCAAACGCUCCACAGGAGAGUCCCCUUCCUGGCUGCAGAGCCUCGCCAUGGGCUCUCCUGGUGGAGAGAGGGGCCAGGGGGCUCUGGGGCCCUUCACGAGGGCACUGAACCCCACGGGGGCUCUAGCCUCAGGGCCUGGUCACUGCCACGGGUGCCUCCUCCUGAGCCAUCUCAGUGGGCACAGGGAUUUGUGGCACAGACAUUCGGUCCCUGGUGCUGGCCAAGGAGGAACUCGAACUGUGACUGUUUGCCCGAGUCCACUGCCAUGCCCUGGGUUCCUGGGAUGGUUCUCUUGUAGUCUGGUCCCCACCCCAGAGGUUUGCUCCCCAUCCCCUUCCCUUUGGGCACGGUUUCCAGAUGUUCUUUGAGACUCUCCAAUGGAGAGUGAAGCAGUUGAUGCGUGAACUAUUAACUAACAGAUUUCCCAGGGAACCGAAGGGAGAGGAUGACGCCGACCAGGCAGGAGGCCCUUCCUAUGAGACGUCCUGGGACCUAGGCCCAGCUGCCCAAGCGCAGUCCCUUCCCCGAUGCCCCCGGUCUCCUGGGUGCCUGCCUGGGCCAGGAUGGUGAGCCUGUCUGCACCCAGCACACACGUACUGGACUAAUGAGCUCUGCCAACAUGAUAAUCAGCAGGAAUGGAAAAGUCAACCAGAGCUAAUUCUUUCUGGAGUGCGGUGUAAUUAAUUUGAAAUGGCUUAUUUUCUGAAAUGAUAAAGAUGAGGCUAAUGUUAUGUCCCCAGAUGACAGCCUAUUAGUUGUUUGCUGCCUUCAGGUGAAGCAGCGAAGCCAGAGGGUCCCGAGGGUGGACCUGUGGGCCACACGCACGGGGCCUCCCUGGCUCCCUGGCCCUGCCUUGCGCCUGAGGCUGACUGCUUCUCUCCAGGACAGCACAGCGCUGGUGCCCGCUGCCCUCACCGCCACAGCCCUGCACAUAAGCCCCCAGCGGCCAGGUGUCCUGUUCUCCAUGUGGCAGGUGCCCCUCUGAGGCUGCAGGGUCGCGGACGAGCGGCUGACAGAAGAAGAGCUGGCUCCGUGGUUGAACUCGAGUGUCUUACCGUCAGACCAGGCAGCAUCUCCUGGCCUGGAUUUCAAUCCCAUCCCAACCUCUGUCCACCUGGACCAGCAAUGCCUGCCUUGUGCCACCGCUCUCUCCCUUCCUGGCUUCAGGGAAGUUAGGGACAGCAUUCUGCCCCAGAGCCAAGAGGGCACAGCUUGCCCUCUUUCUCCUUUGCCUCUGCUUUUAUUUUUUAUUUUUUUAAAAAAGAUUUUAUUUAUUUAUUCGUGAAAGACACAAGGAGAGAGGCAGAGACACAGGCAGAUGGAGAAGCAGGCUCCAUGCAAGGAGCCCAACGCAGAACUUGAUCCUGGGACUCCAGGAUCAUGCCCUGGGCCAAAGGCAGGUGCUAAACCACUGAGCCACCCAGGGAUCCCUUUACCUCUGCUUUUAACUCAUGCCUUUUGGUCUUCUGUGUCUCAUAUGGCUGUGAAGGCAUCCCAGAAUGGAGGAUGUAUUUAUUUGUAUAGGUGUGGUGAGGGUCAGGUGACUGUCGCAGAGUGCAGAGCACUCACUGUCCCUGACCCGGCCCCGUUGUCUGCAUCCCAUCCCUGCUAGGGGAGGGCCAUGCCGGGACCACCAGGAAGGGGUGAAGGAAGUUGUGAGCAGAGUCUGGGGAGCCAAGGUCUGAGCUGAAUCGACGGUCCAAGAGCCGGGUCGCCGGGGAGCGGGUGGACCGGGUGGAGCCGAGGAGUGGAGUGGGGAGCAGGCGAGGCUGGCGAUCCGGAGGCUGGAGUGCUGGUGUGGAGGAG